AUGCCUGGAAUACUGGUCCAAGAACCCAAGAGCGACACAAUGCCAACAAAGAUUGACGGGCAAGCUAUGGAGCGGCUAGUCGACGACAUCGAAGAACUCAACAUCAAGAGAGACCAGGCUCUCAAGCAGCAACAACCCACAGACGAUAUCUACACAGCCUCCCAGUUCGACACCGAAAAAGACAAAACCCAGUUCCGCCAGUACGAAGAGGCACCCCAACACGUCAAAGACUUCUACCGCGAGCAGCAUACCAAGCAGACAGUAGCCUACAACCUCAAAGCCCGCAACGACUUCAAGACCCGAGUCCGCGCGGAGAUGACGAUUUGGGAAGCGAUGGAGAAACUCAACAGCAUCAUCGACGACUCCGAUCCCGACACCGACCUCUCCCAGAUCGAACACCUCAUCCAAUCCGCCGAAGCCAUGCGCCGCGACGGCAAGCCGCGCUGGAUGCAAGUCACAGGCCUGAUCCAUGAUCUCGGCAAGCUUCUCGUGAUCUUCGGCGCGCCAGGUCAGUGGGCCGUGGUAGGCGACACUUUCCCCGUUGGCUGCCGCUUUGACGAUAAAUGUGUCUACGGAAACAAAUCCUUCGACGCGAACCCAGACUACAACGACUCAAUCUACAGCUCAGAACACGGCAUCUACACCCCAGGCUGCGGCCUCGAUAACGUCAUGCUCGGCUGGGGCCACGAUGAGUAUCUGUACCAUGUCGUCAAGGAUCAGAGCAAGCUGCCAGAUGAGGCGUUGGCGAUGAUUCGGUAUCAUAGCUUCUACCGUGGCACCAGCAGGGAGCGUAUCGGUGGAUGA